UUAGCAAAUAAAUACUGGGCUCCACAUGUGAAGAAAAAAUUGUCUUUUGAUUCAAAGGUUAUUGAAGAUGUAUAUAUGAAAGAAAUUGUCAGAUCAAAAUUUGCUAUUAGGAAGAUAAUGCUUCUUGAAUUCAGCCAGUACCUUGAAAAUUACCUAUGGAUGAAUUAUUCUCCAGAGGUGUCCAGUAAGGCAUAUUUAAUGUCAAUCUGCUGUAUGGUGAAUGAGAAGUUUCGAGAGAAUGUGCCUGCGUGGGAGACAUUCAAAAAAAAGCCAGAACACUUUCCCUUCUUUUUCAAAUGCAUACUGGAGGCAUCGCUGGUUGAAAAUGAUAGUGAAUACUCUCUGCAUGAACAGACAGUCCUGCUGCUUUUCCUUGAUCACUGCUUCAAUAGUUUGGAAGUGGAUUUGAUCAGAGGUCAGGUGCAGCAGCUCAUUUCCUUACCGAUGUGGAUGGCUCUACAACCUAAACGGCUGGAACAAGAGCUGAAAAAGACACCAAAACUAAGAAAAUUCUGGAAUCUAAUUAAGAAAAAUGAUGGGAAAAUGGAUGAGGAGACAAGAAUGCAGGCAUAUCGGGAGAGAAAAUUUCUUUCACAGCUUAUUCAGAAAUUCAUUUCUGUGCUAAAAUCAAUACCUAUCUCAGGUCCUAUUUCUAUGGACAAAGUUCAUUAUUGUGAGAGAUUCAUUGAACUCAUGCUAGAUCUUGAGGCUUUGCUUCCCACACGGCGCUGGUUUAAUACAGUGUUAGAUGACUCCCAUCUUGUUGUUCACUGUUACCUGUCCAGUCUUGCUAAAAGAGAGAAGGAGGGUCAUCUCUUCUGCCAGCUUUUAGAUAUGCUUAAAUUCUACACUGGCUUUGAAAUCAAUAAUCAGACUGGAAAUGCUUUGACAGAGAAUGAGAUGACAACAAUUCACUAUGACAGAAUUACCUCUCUACAGAGAGCAGCAUUUGCACAUUUCCCGGAGUUAUAUGACUUUGCACUCUCAAAUGUAGCUGCAGUAGAUACUCGUGAUUCACUGGUGAAGUUAUUUGGCCCCCUUAGCUCAAAUACUCUCCACCAAGUGGCGUCAUACCUCUGCCUCCUGCCGCCCCUGCCCGAAGGGCAAGACUCCAGCUAUGACAAGGAGUUUCUUCUGGAGUUACUG